AGCGCGAGGGUCGGCCGCCAUUCCGCUUAUAGUUCUAUCGCGCGCGCUCUCUCGCAUACUCUCGCAACGGCAGCGCGCAAGCAGCACACCGACACGCGAACUUGUAUUCGUAUUGCUCUUCAUCUCUCUCACUCGCACCAACGUUCGGCUUGCACGCUCCCUCUCUCGCUCGCGCUCCCGCCGCCUCGCUCAAUAUCCAGAGCAGCCGCACGUCUGCUCUUUAUUCGGCCGGGCAUUGCCAGCUUCGAUUAUUAAACACCACACACUAAGUUUAUGCCACGAGGAGAUGGGAUUUGCCGUGAUUUCCACGACGGAUUACGAGCAAACUGUCAUGUGUAAUGAGUGAUAAGCAAGGUGCGCCUACUUUGCCGCCCCUUACUGGGGGUGGAGGAAAUAAUGGGGGGAGCAAUGGAGGUGCACCACAGCAAACUAUUAGUUUGCAACAGGUCUUUGCCAAUGUCCUUUCUUCAGCUAAUGUACAACAAUUUGUCCUUACCUCACAAGUUCCUGGUCUAUCGCAGGUCAUACCGAACAGUGGCACAGGAACUGCACAGCCGAUUGGCGUCACGCGUAUCGUCAACAUCUCGAGUUCGGCGCCGCGAGUCAGCGUGGUCAACGUGUCGGGGCCGGGCGGCGUCACAUCACCCAGCCGUCCGAAUAACCCGAAACUCGUGUUGACCACCUCGCCGAAGCUCGUACGCAGUAUGUUCGUAACACCUACACCAGCGCUGCCGCCGACGACGACGGCAGUGUCGAGCGGCGGCACGUCGUCGUUAUCGCCGUCCGCAUCGCCACCCGCCAAAAAGAAAGCUCGACUGUCCGAGAGCAAUAGUAACUUGGACAAGCCAACCGAGCCGGCAGCGGACGCGAUAGAAUACCGACGGCGCAUCAUCGAGCACAAGCUCCAAAAGAUGCGCGCCAUCAGGGACAAGUACAACGAGAAUGUGGCCGAGUACUUCUUCCUACAGAACGGCGGCAAUAUCAUGGACUUCAACAAUUGGAGAAAAAAACCUACACCUCAGUUUCUAGAGUUUAUGAAGCAGCACAAAAUCGACAGCGAUGAUAACGAGGAAGAGUUCCUACAGAUUGGUAAUAUCGUGACGGCUGCUGCCACCGCAACUACCACCACCACCACCACUGUCGCCGCCGCCGCCGCACCUAUCACCACAACCACUAUUAUAACCACCACCGCCACCGUCACCACCACUACAUUCGCCACCGCCGCCACAACUACCACGACUGUGAGUACGACGACAUCGACGGUGGCAGCGACGACGACGACGACAGUCACUACGACGUCGACAAUGGCGGUAACGACAAGUCCGUCAAGUACGACAAGUACGACAAGUACGACAAGUGCGACUACCCAGGUGCCGUCGAUGACAACGACCACCACGACGUCAACGACAAUGCCGACGCCGCUGACAACGACUACGACCGCGACGAAUGUCACGCAAAGCACGGAAGUGGCCGUUUCCGGCGGCACACCCGUCGCCGUGUCGACGACCCUGCCUCCGGCCGUUGUCCAGCUGAGUCAACAAGGGCAAGUACCUGGUCGCCCUGCUGGGGGCAGGCAUGGCAUGGUUUUUGCCUUCCGAACAGCAAUUCAAGCUUCACCAGUCACCAUUCACCCUUCACCCACUUCUGUAGCACCCACUCUCAUUAUAGGUGGAACGCCGAUGAUUAUUGACUCUCCAGAAGUUGAACCUCCAGUAAAUAACCCAAUAGCAGAAAAGAUGAUAGCUACCACAGCUGAAAAACCUGCAACUCCUCCAAUUUCAUCUUCUCAACCUAUAGUUAAACUAGUAAAAUUGUCUCCUGCUUCGAUAACUUCUUCCUGUGAUACUGUUAGUAGUAAUCAAGAACAAAUUGUAGAAAAGGCUAAACAGGAAGCUUAUGUAAUGCAAAGGAUCGCCGAAUUACAAAGAGAGGGUUUAUGGACGGAACGUCGAUUACCGAAAAUCCAGGAACCACCUCGGCCGAAAGCACACUGGGAUUAUUUAUUAGAAGAGAUGGUGUGGCUUUCAACAGACUUUGCACAAGAAAGAAAAUGGAAGAAAGCUGCAGCGAAAAAAUGUGCAAGAAUGGUUCAAAAGUACUUCCAGGAAAAAGCUAUACAAGCUCAAAAAGCAGAAAAGUUAGAGGAACUUCGGCUAAAAAAGAUCGCUGGCUUUAUUGCAAAAGAGAUCAAAACUUUUUGGGCUAAUGUUGAAAAGGUGGUGGAAUUCAAACAACAGACACGACUUGAAGAAAAGCGGAAAAAGGCUUUAGAUCAACACUUAAAUUUUAUUGUUGAUCAGACUGAAAAAUAUUCGUCGUGGUUAACUGAAGGUUUAAAUAAAGUUGAAGGUAUUCAGAGUACACCAGCGUCAAUACACAGUUCUCGAAUAUCAUCACCUAAUACAACCGCAAAAAACUCUGAUGAUGACGAGUUCAAGCCAAACCAAGACUCUGACGACGAUGAAGAAACGAUAGCAAAAGCCGAAGAAGAAAUGAAAUCUAAUCAUAAAGAAGAAGUAGAACUGUUGAAAAAAGAAUCUGAACUACCCUUGGAAGACUUGCUAGCAGAAUUACCACCAAAUUAUCUCGAAGAAAGAGAUAAAAGUCUAUCCCCUCUGCCGAAAGAUAUUGUGGAGGAUGAAGAGGAAAGUGUUAAUGCGGAAGGUAAAGAUACGGAAUUCACAGUUGCGUCGGAUGCGUCUACAGAUGACGAAGAAGAUACUAUCCAAGAGCAAGAAAAAUUAGAAAAGAAUGUUGACCAUAAACAAGAAAUAGCUGAUUUAGAAGCAGAAAAUCAAAUGCCGAUAGAUGCACUUAUAGCCAAGUAUGGAAAUGCUUCAGUAGCUCCCAUGGAUGUUGAUGAAGAUGAUAGCGAGGAUGAAGAGUCAGAUAAAGAUGAGAAUGACGAAAAUGAAUCGGAGAGUGAGGAAGAAAGUGAAAGUGAAGACGAAACGCAAGAUGAUUCCCAAACUCAAAGCGAUGAAGAGCAAACAGUUGGUCUAAAAUCAUUAUUUGAAGAUUUGUCCGAUGAAAAUAAGAGUACAAGUGAGGCAUCUGAAAAACAGAAUGAGAUGGACUCCGUUGCAGCUAUAGCAGAGAGCAUACAACCAAAAGGAAACACACUACAAACUACACAUGUUGUCACUAAAAUACCAUUCUUGUUGAAACAUUCUCUGCGUGAAUACCAACACAUCGGUUUAGAUUGGCUCGUUACAAUGUAUGAAAGAAAAUUGAAUGGUAUACUUGCUGAUGAAAUGGGUCUUGGUAAAACUAUUCAAACAAUCGCUCUUCUGGCGCAUUUAGCAUGUGAAAAAGGUAAUUGGGGUCCACAUCUAGUUGUCGUACCGACAUCUGUGAUGUUAAAUUGGGAAAUGGAAUGUAAAAAGUGGUGCCCGGGUUUCAAAAUUUUAACGUAUUAUGGAACACAAAAAGAAAGAAAACAAAAGAGGACAGGAUGGACAAAACCAAAUGCAUUUCAUAUAUGUAUCACGUCUUACAAAUUAGUGAUCCAGGAUCAUCAAAGUUUUAGAAGAAAAAAGUGGAAGUACCUUAUUUUAGAUGAGGCUCAAAAUAUAAAAAAUUUCAAAUCUCAGCGGUGGCAACUGUUACUCAAUUUUCAAACACAAAGACGAUUGUUACUAACAGGAACUCCGUUACAAAAUAAUUUAAUGGAACUUUGGUCUUUGAUGCACUUCCUUAUGCCAAAUGUCUUUCAAUCACAUCGUGAAUUCAAAGAAUGGUUCAGCAAUCCUGUCACGGGAAUGAUUGAAGGAAAUAACGAAUACAACGAAAAUAUUAUUCGGCGACUUCAUAAAGUUUUGCGACCAUUUCUAUUGAGACGUCUAAAGUGUGAAGUAGAGAAACAGCUGCCAAAGAAGUACGAACAUGUUCUUAUGUGUAGAUUAUCAAAACGUCAGAGAUAUCUGUACGAUGAUUUUAUGUCCCGAGCAAAAACGAAAGAAACUUUGGCUAGCGGAAAUCUACUUUGUGUUAUCAACGUUCUUAUGCAGUUGCGUAAAGUAUGUAAUCAUCCAAAUUUGUUUGAACCUCGACCGACAGUUUCGCCUUUUCAAAUGGAAGGAAUUGAUUUUCAUACUGCAUCUUUAGCAUGGAGCGCUCUUGACUACGAUCCAUUCAAGCAUAUUGAUUUGUCUUGCUUGAACCUAUUACUACUUGAUUUAGAAUUCGUCGUGACUGCGUUCGUUGCACAUCGCAUUAGGCGAUUGAAGACACCGAGAAAACUUAUUGAAGAAAUAGAUAGUCAACCUGAAACUCCUCCACGUUGUCCUGUUGGAAAGAUUAGAAUUAACGUUAGAUUGUCUAAUCAAGUAUCUAAAACGGCUUCAACUAACUCACAACAGUCUUUACAACAACCAAUAAAACUUAAAAGCUUUUCUAGUGCUUUACCAACUCCCAGAGUAGGUACUUCUCCUUUGGUGAAGAAUAAUCAAACGCCACCCGGACAAAGUGUAACGUUGAAAGUUGCUGGUGGCCAACAACUUCAAGGUAUCUCUGUUCAGUUGGUGCCACAUCAAGGUGGAGUUAAAGCAAUUCCUGUUGGAACUGUUGCUCAAAAUAUUCAAAGUACAGCAUCAGUUACUCCAACAACGACCAGUAUCAAUACUCAAAGAAUAACUGUUAGUAACGUAAAUGUUAAAGAUGGGCAAAAAUUAACGAUGCAAACAUACACGGUCAAAACCGGUGACUCCGUCCAAAAGUAUCAAGGUCCUAAUAUCGCUCAAUUAGUUCAGACUUCAACCGGUAAACAUAUCAUUUUAACAAAUCCACAACAAUCUGCAAAUGCCCUUUCAUUCCCCAUCAUGACACCGAGUGGCCAACGAUUGACUGUUUUGUCUAAACAAAUAAUGGGCUUAUCUACGACACCGGUACCUGUCAAUAAAGUAAUUGGGGGAGUCGUAACAACUAGUUCUGGUGGUACGAGGCCGGUUAUGCGAGUUCCUCCUCUUAAUGUCAAUACGGCACAGUCAAGUGGGCAAGUUCAAUCAACAGAUCAGAUUCGUGUAACUAAAACUAUUCAAAAAGAUUCUGAAAAGGGUCAAAUAAAAGAAGUGCCCAAAUCCGAAUUCUAUCUGCCACAUUUAGAAGAAAUAAGGAAGCAAAAGCGUCAAUCAAAGCUUAUUACUCUAGCCGACAUAAACGAACGAAGAUGUUCCGCCUGCCCACUUUACGGCGACGAUUUGUUCACGGCCUUGAGGAUAGAAAAACCAGUGACUACGUGUAACUGGCAAAGCGGUUGGUUACAUUGCGCCAAGAGGAGCGACUUGACGCGCUCGAAGAAACAAUACUUUUCACGGACCAAGGCUUUGUGUCAGGCAAUAAAAUCGACCGAACAGAUUGUCGAAAACCUGAAAGAAAUCUUAGAGAAGUUUGUUAUUUACGUACCCGCAGCGCGAGCUCCAUUGCCUCAAUUCCACGUUUCUCAUCCAAACCCUUCAAAACAUUGGAAAGAGCAGCGAUUAGUCGUCGAACUGAAUCAGCAGCUCUCGUCGAAAGUAUCUAUGUUCCAUUCAAUCACGAGGUCGAUGCUCACACAGUUCCCGGAUCCCAGACUAAUACAAUAUGAUUGUGGAAAAUUGCAAUCGCUCGAUAUUCUUUUGAGGCAGUUGAAAUUUGAAGGGCACCGAGUACUAAUUUUCACGCAAAUGACCAGAAUGCUAGACGUUUUUGAAGCUUUUCUUAAUUAUCAUGGACACAUUUACCUGCGACUUGAUGGUGCUACAAAAAUUGAUCAAAGACAGGUUCUGAUGGAAAGGUUUAACAACGACAAAAGGAUAUUCUGCUUUAUUUUGUCCACGAGGUCUGGUGGUGUUGGCGUCAAUCUAACGGGAGCCGAUACAGUCAUAUUCUAUGACAGUGAUUGGAACCCUACAAUGGAUGCUCAAGCUCAAGAUAGAUGUCAUAGAAUUGGACAAACUAGAGAUGUACAUAUUUACAGAUUGAUUAGUGAAAGGACAGUUGAAGAAAACAUCUUGAGAAAGGCAAAUCAGAAAAGAUUGCUCGGUGACCUUGCUAUUGAGGGAGGUAACUUUACAACUGCCUACUUCAAAAGUUCAACGACUAUUCAAGACUUAUUUGACGUUGAUCAAAAUGAAACCGAUGCUUCGACGCGAAUGGCCGAGGUAUUGGAUCAAAGCAAAGAAAGAGAGCGUAAUCUGCAGCGAGAAUUGUCACAAACCGAGGAUAAAACAGCACUCGGGGCCUUGGAAAGUGCCAUCGCCGAAGUCGAAGAAGAUCAAGAUGUGCAAGCUGCUAAAAGUGCGAGAGCUGAGGCUGUUGCUGACUUGGCCGAAUUUGACGAAAACAUUCCCGUCGACGAAUUCGAUAACGACAAUUCUGAGCUUAGUAAGGCUGAAAUGGAAGUGCAGUCCUUGGUUUCUCAACUGACGCCGGUCGAGCGUUACGCCAUGCGUUUCGUCGAAAACUCGGAUGGCAACUUCUCAGCAGCAGUGCUGGCAGCAGCGGAGCGAGAACUCGAGGAGCAAAAGAAGGAAUGGGAGCUGGAUCGUCUACGAGCGAUGCGCGAGGAGGAGGAGCGCCAAGCCCGGAUGACUGACGACGACGAGAAUCCGUUGACGUUCUCGCGCGAGGACGCUCAAAAUCAGGUUAAUACCAGUGUUAAGCGCUCGGUGGGUCGCCCACCUCGAGGUAGACGCGGUCGCGGACGUCCUAUAUGCAUAGAUAGGAGGCGUUUCAAUCCAGGUCGUAGACCUAAUGCGUGUAGGGAAGUCGAGGAGGACGAGGCGGUCUCGACAGAGUCGGACAACGAGUCAGAAACUUCAUCAGUGUCAAUCAGCGACUCCGAAAACGACAACGUUGACGCCGCCGCCUCUGACGGUACUGGUUCCGAAAGCGAAUCGGAUCAAAGUAAUAAGAAAGAGGAUGGUUGGGAGGAUAACGAUCAGGAUGAGGGUGGAAAGAAAAAGGUUUCGUUUAAAAAUGUUUUACUCGAUAAGAAUAAGAGAAAUCACGUCGACAUCAAUAGUCCGAGAACUAGAUCGAGGGGUGAUGUCAAGAUUGAUCUUUGGACGUUAGAUGUGAACCCGCUGUUGCCUGAGGUAACGAGACCCAGAGCAAAGAAAACUAAAGCAAACACAUCGAUCGAGAGUAUCGAAACGAAAGACAAAGGCAAUAACAGUACAUCAGAGUCCUUCGAUAAUACUGGGGAGACACUUGACACAAUGAGUGUGAAUAUCAUUGAGAAUGUCUCUGCGAGUUUGUUGAACGAGUCUCCGACAAAUGAACCGAUGAAGAGUGUUUUGGAUGAUACAAUCAAGAGACUUCAAGACACUGAAAGCAUUGACAGGGAAAGUAAUCCAGCCCCAACAGUUUCAACGCCUCAACGAGGCAGACCCCGAAAACAGGUGGCGACGGUUGAGUCUAGCAGCAGUACUACUGUGCCUUACUCUACCAGGUCUACUAGUGGCAAGGUAGUGGCAGCAGCAACACCACUACCACUGGCGAUUCCGUUGCAGGAAAAAAGAGCGGCAACCUCACAGUCGAGCAACUGCGAGGAUGAAAACAAAGUCUGUGAUAUUAAUGAUACUUCUAAUCCCCAGAAUAAGGAGAACAAGGAAGGUAAAAGUAAGACUGCCGACAGUGUAGUGCGGCCUAACGCGACAGUGAUAAGCGAAAAAAAGUUCGAUACCGACGAGCAAACGGAGGCGGAGUCCAAGAAUAGUGCCGAGUUGAUAUCCAUCGACGAGCAACCACAUAGCCCAGUUUUCACAAGAAAAUUCAAAUUAACGCGUUCACGCAUUCGUUCCACCGAGUCGAAAGAUAAGCAAUUCGAGUCCGCUGAACAGGUGAAAUCUGACAAUACUGAAACUAAUGAAAUUCCAAUGGAGGUAGACGUUUCCAUUCCAAAAGAACUCGCUGCUGAUUCUAAAAUUAUAAUUACCGAUAGAUCUAGUCCUAUUCUGAGCACAAGACGCUCCAAAAUCACACGAUCAAAUAAUCAUACGAGCCCGAAUACCAAACAGGAGUUUAAAUCGGAAGAAGCUAGAUCAGUCGAUAAAAUUGGGCUCUCAAUAGUCGAGUCAGCUAAAGAGUCUGAAAGUUCUUUGGCCAGGAGUACUCGAUCAUCGACCCGAUCGAUCACUGAUGAUAAACUGAAAGAGAAGUCUAUCGUGAUAUAUGAGGCAUUAACUGAAUCAGCAAAGCUGAAAAACAUAGAAACGCCUGUGACAAUAGUAGAACUUGAUAAAAUUUCAGCGAAAAAAUCCGACGAGGAACAGCUAGAGCGUAAUCAAACUAAGAUCACUCGAUCGUUUACGAGAUCGUCCAUUGGAAUUGUUGAUUCCGCGAGUUUGGAACAAGUUAAAGUCAGUACUGCUGAAAAGAUAAAGACUGUAGAGACUCCGACAAAGGUUGAAAGAGCGAAAAGUCCUGAAAGAGUGGUGAUAUUACCAGCUGAAAAAAGCGUCAAGGACAAUGAGAAGCCUUCAGAAAGCCAAGGCACAGAAGAGCCAAAACCGAAAGUGGAAACGUCUACUCUGGGCAUGACGACAAGGCGAAAAGCCAGUAAUGUUGUUGAAGACACGUUGGAAAUGCAGAACAUUGAAUCCAUGGCCACGGAAACUCAAACUACCCCUGCUCAGGAAACUCCAGCUACGACUGCUCCUACCUCUCCUGAAUAUCCACAGGCCGACGUAGACUCUCGUUCGACAAGAUCCAAUAUUCAGUUGCCAAACCCGAUGUACCGUCGCACUUUCGGCAGCCCAACGAAACCAGACUUUCGUCGAAGACCCGACACACCUAUGCCCGACAUUAAUGUUCGGCCACGAACCCGCUCCCUAUCCAACGUCAGCGACGGUGACAUACCAAAAACACUUAGUCCACGCAGUUCUCGAACAGAUAAUGGGUUUGUAGUGCCGACGUUGGCACCGGUGGCAGUACGCCGAGCAAGAUCUUUGACCUACGUGAAAAUGUCGGAUCGAAUAAGCACAGAGCGUAAGGACUUACCUAUCUCCAUUGGUACUGCUACCAGGGGGGUCAUCAGAGAUCCAACGUCGGGUGAGAGCGUAACUAUCAAUCGAGUGGUUGCUAAGAAUAGGCCUGACACCCCAAUGCCCACGCAGGAACAAGUGACCAGGUUUGGUAAACCUUCUACAGACUCGCACACGUUAUCGCCAAAGUCCUUGCCACCUAUUCCAAAAUUGAAGAGACCUCUGUCACUACCACCACCGACAUCAACGCAGCAAGCUGAGUUAAAUGACAGUACUGACUCGAAUGGCAACUCACUAGACUCUAGUAUAGAGUCAACUUCUCAAGAGAAACCUCAACGUACGGCCAAGGUGGUUUGUCAAACUAUACUGAAUCUUGACUCAAAGAGCAAAUCCAGGGCAACGAGUAGUCCACCGCAAAAGACAAGUCCCAUGGCGAACAAUGUCAAGUCAGGCAGGGGACCGGGUCGACCGAGCAAAGCUGCCCUGGCGCUUGAUGAUCAUCAGGUAGUCGAGUUCGAUAGCGAGUCUGAGUACAACACCGCCACUCGGGCUAAACGUACUAGACUGAGCAGUCAAUUGGUCAAACCUCUCAACAAGCCCAAAGACUUGCACACGAUCGAUCUCGAUAAAUUAUAAAUAUUCUCAUGUCGGGGCAGUCGGGCGUUCUCUCGUUUUAUUUUGAAAAGAAAAAUCGCGAAGGAAGACACAUGGAAAGAGCGUCAAACACACGUGUAAAUAGUGGUAAAUACGAAGAAAAACAAAUAAAUACUUAUAGUUCGUAAGCUUUAAUUUUAUGCAUCGACAAUUGCCGUAAAUGCGAACGACCAUAGCAUUGAGGGACGAAAAUUGUUGAUAAGUGAAUAUAUGUUCCAGUGUUCUUUAUUUUUCUCUCGUGUAGAGGAACUUUAUUUGUCCCACGUUUUCUCUUUAAUCUUAUUCUUUCAUUUUCAUUCAUCGUUCAUUAUUUCUCUCUCUCUCUCUUCUCUCCUCUUCUCUCCUCUUCUCGCCUCUUCUCUCCUCUUCUCACCCCCUCUUUUCGCUCUCCCUCUUUCUUUCAUCCGUCAGGGGAACUUAUAUAGAGCUCUAAGUUAUUUUGUAAUUUAUUAUACGUCGCGAUAAUGGGAAAAGAAUACAACUCAUUGACUGUGUAUUAUAAUAAUGAAUAUGUAAUGCGUCAAGAGGAAUGAUCAAUUUGUAUAACUUACAAAGUUAUACAUUCACUGACGGUAUAAAAUUUAGAUGUGAAGCUGUUGUAUUAAACAGAAGAUAUUGAAAAUGAGAAUAGCAAUAGCUCGAUUUCAUGAAAGGUAAUCGCAUUAGUUCCAUGCUCAUAUGUAACGUACACAAACAUAUUUUAUACAUCGUAAAAAUGCUUCGUCGAACUACCUUAUUUGUCACAAUAUAUUUUACUUUUCUGAAAAGGCCGUUUAAUUAUUUAUAUAUAAUUAUAUGUAUAUAUUAUAUGAUUAUUUAUAUAUUUAUAAUUAUAUAUAAAUAUUUAUAUGUAUAUAUAUAAUUAUAUACAUAAUUAUUUAUAUAUAUAUAUUAGUUAGAAAGCGAUCAGAGUGCGUCCUACAUUGUAAUUAAUGUGAAAACUUUAAAUGAGAGGAAAAGUGAGUUGAUAUUAUUAAGUUGCGUGCCUGUAUUUUUUGUAUGAUCGAAUGAGUCCUCGAAAAGGAAAUAAAUGAAAUAUUCCUUGCUAAUGAACAUUAAUUAAUGACAAAGUGUUUAUCAUCUUAUUUCUUGGUACGUCUCCAAGUCUGUUCGAUCAAAGGUUCAGUCCCGUUUUGGUGUCCAAUUAGCUCAGUGUGCUUGUUUAUAUUUCAUAUUUCUUGCACGUUUAACUAAUAAUAAUAA